UCUCAUGAUAUCAAUUGAAUAUUGGACUUAACAGUAAUGGAGUUCGAAUUUGAGGCUAGAUGAAUCACGACGGACCGUUUUGUGCUGGUAAUAAAAAAAUACCGACAACAGCGUCGGCAUCAAUUUCCAUGGAACGACCACAUUAACUCUCCCCAACCAAUAGAAGCCACGUGGACCACUAAAAAAGACUCAUCCGCACCGUUUUAAUCUGUUACCCAAGAUUCCAAACCCCCUAAACUAACUAUUUGUCCAAUCUUUAUAGUUUCAGAGAAAGAGGGAGACGAAGAGUAGAGGGUUUUAUUUGAAUCACCCUCUUUUUCUUCUUUUUUUGUUUUUUUUUUCCUGGAUCAAGUAUCACUGGUGCACUGAUUGUUAAUGGUGCUAAUAAUAGCAAGGGGAGGCCUUCAUGGUAUGAGUUAAUGGUUAUUGAGUUCAUUUUCUAUAGGCAUAGAAUUAGAAUGUGAUUCUGCUUUCACAAGUUACUUGCCUUUGCUAUCAAAAUGUGGAAUUUCACAUCCAAUUGCAUUGCUGGAAGUGUUGGCUUGAACAGUACUCCAAAGCUAACUCAAGCUGCAUCAGAUUACUCAGAUGAUGAGUUGUCAUCUGUCAUUAGCAGAGAAGAAGGCCUAGAGUGCCCAAUAUGCUUGGAGUCUUUCAAUAUUGUGGAAAAUGUGCCUUAUGUUUUAUGGUGCGGCCAUACGCUUUGUAAAAAUUGCAUACUAGGACUUCAAUGGGCAGUUGUGAAAUUCCCCACAUUACCAGUUCAACUUCCGCUCUUUAUUUCCUGUCCGUGGUGCAAUGUCUUAUCCUUCCGCCUUGUCUACAGAGGCAACUUGAAUUUUCCUCGCAAGAAUUACUUUCUACUUUGGAUGGUUGAAAGAAAAAAUGAUGCUGGACAUAAGUCCCAUAAUACCUUCUGUGAAGAUCAUCAACCCCUAUGGUCAUCAGACAGCAAUUUAGCUCCCAGAAAUGAGUCAAGUCUCAAUAACAUCAGAAGUGGACGUCAUCCAGAGCCAUCAAGAACAAAUCAUUAUUAUAAUCAAAGCAAUAACAUCCUCAAUUUCGGAAGAAUAAAUUCUACCCUGCAGAAGUCACUGGUUUUCUUCAUUCAUCUGACAGCUAAGUUUCCUUUGGUCAUUAUAUUCCUGUUGAUUAUUUUAUAUGCAAUACCUGCUAGUGCAGCCAUUUUGGCCCUGUACAUUCUUAUUACGGUUCUAUUUGCUAUCCCAUCAUUUCUAAUACUGUACUUCGCUUAUCCUAGUUUGGAUUGGCUUGUCAGAGAAAUCAUCACUUGAUAAGGCAAUUAGCAUCUUAGUCUUAAUCUUUGUGAAUAGAAGUUUGCACCGAGAAACAGUCUUCUAUUUAUGUAGAGGCCUAGACUUUGUAAUUUGACGACUUUCCAGUUUCCAAGGCCGCCUUUAUUCUUUGGCUUCCAGGUGGCUUAAGUACACAUUCUUAAAAUGCUUCAUGAUAGAAGCACUUCUGCUUUCUUUAGAAUUUGGCUGGUAUCAAGGUUGUGCGUAGUCUGGAGUUUUUGGUGACAACGAAGGCCCACCACAUGGAAACCUCACCUGCCAAUUCAGGGUUGUUUUGCGGAUUAGCAAAGCUAUUGUAAGUAUACAAAAUAUUUAAUUAGUGCGAGGGCUUUUACCAAGGUGCUGGAUUGCUUCUUUGUAUUGAGACCCAUCCCAUGUUUAUUGAAUCUAUAUUAUGGUUUUGCUCCCA